AUGGAGGGCCUAACUGGGGACGACAUUUACAACUGGUGUCAAAGGAAGGGGGUAAAUCCUAGAAAGUGUAUUGGAGUAGAAGGAGAUUUAUCGGAUGCUUCUGAUGAAACUGUGUUAAGAAAAGUAGGUACCCUGUAUGGUAUAAUAAGGCCCAAUAUAGUAGACAAGUGGGAUGACAAAGUAGGAAAGAAGAUUGCUGUCCUGAUCGAAACGGAAAAGGAGUUAGACGUUAAUUUGAUCCCAUUAAUGAUAAUGGCUGAUGAGGAAACAGGAAGAAGAUGGUCUAUUAUUGGACCCAGUAUCAGAGAAGAAGAUACCACCAGUACACCCAUCUCGGUGAUGACCCUGCCAGAUGGUGUAGAUAGAGGGGAGGCUAGUGGCAAUGGACACACUACUACUAAUGUGAAUGGCGGACAGUUCGAGACUAUGGUGGAUCGGGUGGUCUCCCAACUUGAGAGAUGGCAUUAUGAAGGGAGUUAUCGGAGGUUAAGGAUAUUCUCUGGUAUCGUACCCGUGCCCACCGGGGAAGAACCUUAUGAAUCUUGGAAGGAGGCCGCUGUCCAACAAGCGGAGGAGUGGCAGUGUCCUGAUAAAAUAAAGCGGCAACGAGUGGUGGAGAGUCUACGAGGCCCUGCUAUGGGGAUAAUACAAGCAGUGAGGAGAAGUAAUCCUAAUGCCACCCUGGAGACUUACCUCGAAGCUUUGGAUUAUGCGUACGGUACUAUGGAAGAUGUAGGGGAUCUUAUAUCAAGACUGCAUCACACGUUCCAAGAUUCUGGCGAAAAAGUGAGCGCCUAUGUCAUACGAAUAGAUAAAUUACUGUAUAAGAUUGUGGAAAAAAAAGGAAUCACCCAAGAAGAAGUGGAUAAAAGUCGCAUGAGACAGAUGUUACGAGGUGCAUUGACAACUGAUCCGGUGGCACAGAAGUUGAGGUGUUCCGAGAAAAAGGAACCACUUCCUGGAUUCAAUGAGAUAUUAAAAGAAAUAAAACAAGAAGAAGUACUGAUUGAGAUGAGGGAGAAAACGGUAAAGAAGGUUAAAGUGGUACAAACCGUGACCGAGACUUCCCCAUUAGAGGAAAGAAUAUUAAAAUUAAUGGAAGAAUAG